AUGAAGCGUAUGCAAUCCGCCCCCUGGAAACCCCUCUUCCAAACCCACGUCUCCAAGAUCACCCCGCCCACCUUCACCCUCGCCACCCUCUCCACCAGCCCUCCCACGUCCACCACAAACCCGGGCUUCCCACACUCCUCCUCCUCUUCCACCUCCAGCAAUGCCCCCUCCACCACGCCCACCUUCACCCCCCGCUGCCGUACCAUGAUCUUCCGCGGCUUCCUCGCCUCCCUUCCCCCCAACCACCACAACCCCCUCGCCAACCACAACCCACGCGCCUACACUUCCGACGCCCUCACCUUCACCACCGACUCGCGCAUGACCAAGACGGGCGAGAUCCUGCCCCCACACGCCUCCGGCGGCAACGCAGAGGUACUCACCGCCGGCGGCGGCUACGUCGAGGCCCUCUUCUGGAUCGCCGGCGACACCACCACCGGCGAGGAUAUCCAGAACCAGUGGCGCGUGCGCGGGAAGUGCUAUCUGCUCGCCGAAGCGGACGCCGACGAGGCGCGCGAGGUCACGGAUGUGCUGAAGCAGAGUCUCGUGCCGACGGGGGAGGGGGAUGAGGGGAGUUGGUCGUGGAAGAAGGAGGUGCAGGCGCAUUUUGGGAAUAUGACGCCGGCGCUGAGGGGGUCGUUUGCGAAUCCGCCGCCGGCGACUUUGUUGGGCGUGCCGUUGGGGGAGUGGGCGGUUGGGAAAUCGGGGGGUGCGGGGGAGCUGGUGAAAGGAAAGAAGAUUCAGAAUGAGAAUGUGAUGGACGAGGAGGGGCAUGCGGCGAGGGCGAGGGCGAAUAUGAGGGUGGGGGUCAUUGUGCCAGAGGUGGUGGAGAGGCUGGAUUUGGCGGAGGAUGAGGGGAGGGCGAGAAGAUGGGUGUAUUCGAAGGUGGGCGGCGAGGAUGGGGAGGGUGUGGUUGCGGGGUGGAAGGUGGAAGAGACUUGGCCGUAG